AUGAAUAAUAAUAAAAAUUCCAAAGACACAAUACCCAUUGACAAUAUUAAUAAAAACACAGCCAUUGACAUUGGCUUUAUGAAAGAACUACUAAAUAAAUUAUUAGCCCUAAAAAGUUCCGGACAGCCCGAUCAAAAUGUAGUUGACGGUUUAGAAAAAUGGAUAAACCAAACCAAUAGAGACAUCAAAACAAUCUUCAAAUUCGUCGAACGUCAUCACGCAAAUAAUCCAGAAUUCGUAUAUCUGUUUGGAUACCUUAUCCAUUACGGACUGGGAACAGACGCAGAUCCAGUUACCGCUUUCAAAUACUACUCUUACGUAGCUGAAAGUGGGAUAAAUUAUGGACAGUCGCGAGUAGCUUGGUGCUUCCGUCUAGGACUCGGUGUAGAGGCUGAUAGUGUCAAAUCAUUUGAAUGGUUCAAAAAAGCCGCAGAAAAUAAUCAUCUAAUUUCACAAUUUAACAUGGGAUUAUUUUAUUGUAACGGAACCGGCACCGAGCAAAAUCUCGAGAUGGGAUUCAAAUGGUUUCAGGUUGCGGCAAAUCGAGGGAACGAACUUGCGCAAUUUGAACUCGCGAAAAUGUAUUUAAGUGGUAAAUGGAUCAAGAAGGAUUACCGAAAAGCGAAUUAUUGGAUGUGGAAGGGUGCCGAUUACUGGAUGUGGAAGGAUGCCAAUGAUUGUAACGUUUUUGUUACGAAGAAGAAUAGUUGUUUGUUCUCUUUGGCUUCAAAUGCGGCUAAUGGUAUGGGUGUAAAAAGAGAUUUACAUCAGACUUUUCGGUUAUAUCGAAGCAUUCUAAAUAAUGGGCAUUUAUGGAGUCAAUGGAAAAGCCGGUUGCAAUCACUAAUUAAACCAUAG